ACCAGCUGAUGUUCAAGUCGUGAACAAUAUUAUUUUGUAGCAUUCGGGCAAAUUCGCCGUGUUGUAAAGAUGGCUGACAGCAAUGGUCCACAAACAUUAUCAUCGCAAAAAGAGUCAACAAACAAUGUGACUGAUACACCGGUUACUGAUCCAGCAUCAUCAACAAAGAGCCUAGAGGCAUCAAAUAAUGCCUUUCACGGCCCGAGAACAAAAUUAGAAUCGAAAUCAGGAGCUUUAAAAAAAUCAACUCGUUAUAGAAGUCGUUCAUUAUCAGCAAGCAGCAAUGAUAGUUACAGUUCUGCAUCUUAUACAGGAAGCUCAUCAGAAGAAGAUGAUGUAUCACCACGUGAAAAAAUACAAAAAACAGAUAAAGGAUUUACUGAUUUUUGUGUAAGAAAUAUUAAUCAGUAUGCAUUUGGAAGAAGAGAAAUUGAAAUUGCUGAACAAGAAAUGCCUGGUAUAAUGGCAUUACGUAAACGAGCAGCAGAUGAUAUGCCAUUGAAAAAUGCAAAAAUAGUUGGCUGUACACAUAUAAAUGCACAAACAGCAGUGUUAAUUGAAACACUGAUUGAACUUGGUGCACAAAUAAGAUGGGCAGCAUGUAAUAUUUAUUCAACUCAAAAUGAAGUUGCUGCUGCAUUGGCACAUGCUGGUUAUCCAAUAUUUGCAUGGCGUGGUGAAACUGAAGAAGAUUUUUGGUGGUGUAUUGAUAAAUGUAUUGCUGCUGAAAAUUGGCAACCAAAUAUGAUACUUGAUGAUGGUGGUGAUGCAACUCAUCUUAUGCUUAAAAAAUAUAAUACAAUGUUUAAAAUGAUACAAGGUAUUGUUGAAGAGAGUGUUACUGGUGUACAUAGACUUUAUCAAUUAUCAAAAGCUGGUAAAUUAACUGUACCAGCAAUGAAUGUUAAUGAUUCAGUAACAAAAACAAAAUUUGAUAAUUUAUAUAGUUGUCGUGAAAGUAUUAUUGAUAGUUUAAAAAGAUCAACAGAUGUUAUGUUUGGUGGUAAACAAGUUGUUAUUUGUGGAUAUGGUGAAGUUGGUAAAGGAUGUUGUCAAGCACUUAAAGGACUUGGUUGUAUUGUAUACAUAACUGAAAUUGAUCCAAUAUGUGCACUUCAAGCAAGUAUGGAUGGUUUUCGUGUAAUGAAACUCAAUGAAGUUAUACGAAAUGUUGAUAUUGUUGUAACAGCAACUGGAAAUAAAAAUGUCGUGACACGUGAACAUAUGGAUAAAAUGAAAAAUGGAUGUGUUGUUUGUAACAUGGGACAUAGUAAUACAGAAAUAGAUAUUAAUAGUUUACGAACACCAGAUUUAACAUGGGAAAAAGUUAGAUCACAAGUUGAUCAUGUUAUAUGGCCUGAUGGAAAAAGAAUUGUUUUAUUGGCUGAAGGUAGACUUGUUAAUUUAUCAUGUUCAAGUAUUCCAUCAUUUGUUGUAUCAAUAACUGCUGCAACACAAGCACUUGCACUUAUUGAAUUAUUUAAUGCACCAUCUGGACGUUACAAGAGUGAUGUUUAUUUAUUGCCUAAAAAAAUGGAUGAAUAUGUUGCAUCAUUGCAUUUGCCUACAUUCGAUGCUCAUUUAACUGAACUCACUGAUGAACAAGCUAAAUACAUGGGCCUCAAUAAAGCUGGACCAUUCAAGCCUAAUUACUAUCGUUACUAGGUAAAGCUUAACGCACAUGGUUGCGUUGUCGAUCGAUCAACACCCCAUGUGCAAUCGUGCUUGAGACGAAAAAAAAUUAAGCAAUCUGAAAUAAAUGUACUUUUAAAUAACACACGUAUUCAUAAAAAUAGAAAAUAAAUUAAAUCAAUAACAUUACGACAGUGUGAUGCAUUUUAUUUUUUAAUAAAUUGAAUAAAAUUUAAUUGACAAUUUAUAUUUAAACAAAAAACAAACAAGAUCUGGAUUUUUCGAAUAAAUGUAUAAUGUAGAAAUUUAAACAAAUCAAUAACAUUCAAAUGAAUAAUAAUAAAUAAAGUACAUAAUUGAUUACUCAGGCAAGUAACUAAACAAUGUCAACACAGUUAUAAAUAAUUUAUACUUGUAUUGUAAAAAAGAACAAAAACUUUGCAUGUAAAUAAGCGCAAAAUUUGUUUGAAACAAAAAGAUAAUAGACCUUCAAAGUAUGUUUACAUAAUGGAAUUAACAUUUUAAAAUUAAAUUUACACAUGGCCAUAGUAAGAUAUUCAUAUAUUUUUUUAGUAGAAAAUAUUUUUAAUUUCACAUGAAUAUUUAUCAAGGACACAACAAAAUAAUAUUGUAUACUUUAUCACAAUAGUUCAUAAAAAUAAACAGAUAAAACAAACUUAUACAAUACAAAAUAAACAAGAUGAUAAAUAUAUAUUUUUUUUUUUGUUUUCUAAAUUGUGAAUGUUAACUAAUAAAAUUUGUGAAUUUAAUAUGGCUAAAGCCUUGGUUGUGAUUUGAAAAUUAAUAUAUAUGGACAAAAAAUUAUCGCUCACAAUUAUCACCAAUUGGAUAAAUAUUUUUUAUUAAAUAUUAAAAUGCAUAGAGUUUGUAGAUACACAAGUCGAAGUGUGAUAUAAUUUUCUUUCAAGGACACAAGUAAAAUAAAUAAAAAAAACAUGCAAAUGCAAACAACAUUAUUAUUUUUUACAACUAAAAUUAAUUGGAGUUUUCGAAACAAUAUUAUUCAUUGGCCUAAAUUAAUAAUGUCACCUGAAAGAAAAUUAAUUACAGUCAUUCAACAGCAGCCUAUAAUUUAUCAUUAAAAUUUGAUGUAAAAAUUUAUAAAAAUAAGUGUUGUAAUAAUGAAUUUGUAUUUUAAAAAAUGCACAUUUUAUUAUUGAAAAAUAAAAAUAAUUAAUUUACAAAUUUAUAUAUGUUGAAUCAGCACUUAAAAAAAAAUUAAAUAUUCAUAUAAUAUUGUAUAUUAAUAUAAAUAAAAAAAUUGAUUAAAUAAAUGAAAGCAAAUUUUAAAUUUUU